GCUGUCAGGGUUUGCAGUGCCGGGAGGAGGCGGAGGGAGAAGCUGAGCGCUUGGUCUCCAAACUAGGACUUGGCUGGGGAGGGCUGGCUGGUCGCUGCUGCGUGGCCACCGCCACCCGCUCGGCACCUGCAGGGACCCCCACACCUCUCCGGAUCAGCCACCGUCUGGGUGCGAUGGAAACCUUUUUCAGGUGGCACUUCGGGAGGAAGGGGCCGCGCCGUGCCAGCGCGGUGGCCGUGCCCACGGGCAAGGCGCGGCGCCGCUCGCAGGCCGGGCUGCCCUCCACCUCGCUGGCCCAGCGCCGCCGCGGCUCGGCCGCCCCCUUGCCCGCGCUCUCCUGCCUGGGCUUGCCCCGCCGCCCCCGCCCCGGCCCCCGCCGCCGCUCCAGCACCACGCCGCCCUGCCUCAGCCCGAGGUUCGCCGUCCAGACGAAGCGGGGGGGCCGGGGACGAGCCAUCGACGCCCAUUUGGUGGGUCCCUCCGUCCUGCUGGCCAGCCUCGUCCCCACCGGAGAGCGGGGGGACGGGGCGCCCCGCACCGACAGCUCCGGCUCCGAAUCUCCGGAGGAUGGCGGCGAUGGCGCGGCGGCGGGAGCCGAGCGGGGCCGAGGCGAGCGCUGUGCCGAGGAGCGCUGGCUGGCCAUGCUGCCCCGCCUGCGGCCGCUCCAGGCCGGGCUGCUGUCGCGGGGUCCCCGCUGCCUGCGCCGCGUCUCCUCCCACCGCCUGCCCACCGAGUGCGCGUACGGCCGGGCCGCCUACGGCUUGCAGGGCCGCUACCGCCGCCUCAGCCAGCGCCGGCGCUCCAGCGACGCCCCGCGGCCUCCCGGGCUGCUCACCGCAGGCCGCCCGCGGCUGCUGGCCCAGUCCUGCGCGGGGCCGGAAGGCGCCGGGCACCCCGCUGCCGCCCUCCCCGAGUGCCUGGGACCCGAGCCCGCCCGCCACGCCGCCCCGGACAGCUGGAGCCCCCGGCUGCUGAAAGCUAUUGCCAAGUCCAGCCUUCAGCACAUGGUAGCCCAGCCAAAUCUGGCACUAGCCCUGAGGAGCGACUCAGAGAGGCAGAUACGCAGCACUGUGGACUGGAGCGAGACUGCCGUCUAUGGGGAGCACAUCUGGUUUGAAACCAAUGUCUCUGGGGACUUCUGCUACGUUGGGGAGCAGAACUGUAUGGCAAAGCUGCUGCAAAAACCUCUCUCCAGGCGUAAGUGUGCAGCCUGCAAGAUUGUAGUGCAUACACCCUGCAUUGAACAGCUGGAGAAAAUAAAUUUCCGCUGCAAACCGUCCUUCAGGGAGUCAGGAUCCCGGAACGUACGGGAGCCCAUAGUUGUCCGGCAUCACUGGGUACACCGGAGGCGGCAGGAAGGGAAAUGCCGGCAGUGUGGCAAGGGUUUCCAGCAGAAGUUUGCCUUCCACAGUAAAGAGAUUGUAGCCAUCAGCUGUUCCUGGUGCAAGCAAGCGUAUCACAGCAAAGUCUCAUGUUUCAUGCUGCAACACAUUGAAGAGCCCUGCUCGCUGGGGGCUCAUGCUGCUGUUGUCGUUCCUCCCACCUGGAUUCUGCGGGUCCGACGGCCCCAGAAUCCACUGAAAUCUAGCAAGAAGAAGAAGAGGACAUCAUUCAAGCGGAAAUCCAGCAAAAAGGGGGCCGAGGAAGGGAGGUGGAAACCUUUUGUCAUCAAGCCCAUGCCAGCUCCUCUCAUGAAGCCCUUGCUGGUAUUUGUGAACCCCAAGAGCGGUGGGAAUCAGGGAGCCAAGAUCAUCCAGUCCUUCAUGUGGUAUCUCAACCCACGGCAAGUUUUCGACCUCAGCCAGGGUGGACCCAAGGAGGCACUGGAGCUGUACCGUAAGGUCCACAACCUCCGGAUCCUGGCGUGUGGGGGAGAUGGCACGGUGGGCUGGAUACUCUCCAUUCUGGACGAGUUACGCCUCAACCCACCUCCUCCUGUGGCCAUCCUACCUUUGGGGACAGGGAACGACUUGGCCAGGACGCUGAACUGGGGUGGGGGUUACACAGAUGAGCCUCUGUCCAAGAUUCUGUCACAUGUGGAAGAUGGGAACAUUGUGCAGCUGGAUCGCUGGAACCUCCAUGUGGAGCCAAAUCCUGAUGCAAACCCUGAGGAAAAGGAUGAGGUGGCCACAGACAAGCUCCCCUUGGAUGUCUUUAAUAACUACUUCAGCCUUGGCUUUGAUGCACGGGUGACACUGGAGUUCCAUGAAUCCAGAGAGGCCAACCCGGAGAAGUUCAACAGCCGGUUUCGGAAUAAAAUGUUCUAUGCGGGGACGGCCUUCUCUGACUUCCUCGCUGGGAGCUCCAAGGACUUGGCGAAGCAUGUCAAGUUGGUUUGUGAUGGGACAGACCUGACCUCCAAGAUCCAAGACUUGAAGCCCCAGUGCCUGGUCUUCCUGAACAUCCCCAGGUACUGUGCAGGCACCAUGCCCUGGGGCAACCCCGGGGAGCACCAUGACUUUGAGCCACAGCGUCACGAUGACGGCUGCAUUGAAGUUAUUGGUUUCACCAUGACGUCCCUGGCUGCCUUGCAGGUCGGUGGCCAUGGGGAGCGGCUGUGCCAGUGCCGGCAGGUGGUUCUCACCACAGCCAAGGCCAUCCCUAUGCAGGUAGAUGGAGAGCCCUGCAAGCUGGCGGCUUCCAGCAUCCACAUCUCCCUGCGCAACCAAGCCAACAUGGUGCAGAAGACCAAGCGGCGCAACUCCAUGCCUCUGCUCAAUGACCAGCAGCCAGUGCCUGAGCGGCUACGGAUCCGGGUGAGCCGAAUCAGCAUGCAUGACUAUGAGGUGCUGCACUAUGACAAGGAGAAGCUCAAGGAAGCCUCUGUGCCACUGGGGAUCAUCGUGGUUCCAGGAGACAGCGACCUGGAGUUGUGCCGGACCCAAAUUGAGAGGCUGCAGGAGGAUUUCCCUCCACAGCCCUCUGCUUUAGAGCGCCUGCUCCUUCAGGAGGGAGAUGGAGCCAAACCAAAGACACUGUCAUCCCAGAAGCUGUCGCCCAAGUGGUGCUUCCUUGACUCAACCACAGCUGAUCGAUUCUACAGGAUAGACCGUGCGCAGGAGCACCUCAACUAUGUGACAGAAAUAUCUCAGGAUGAGCUCUAUGUGCUGGACCCAGAGCUGGUGAUCACCCAGACCGUUGGCACCUCUCCUGCUAUGCCUGACCUUGUUGAUUCGUCUGCCACACCCACAGGACACCUAUUUGCAUUCCCCUCCUCUUCCUCUACUUCGCCCUCCUCUCCUGCCCCAAGUGCUGAGCCUGCACACUGCCUCUCGCACAAAGAUGACCCUCUGAUAGAAGCUGCCAAGAGCGGCAACUUCUGCAAGUUCCAAGAGCUGCACCGGGCUGGAAGAGACCUGAUGGUGCGAGACUCCUCAGGCCAGACCGUCCUCCACCAUGCUGUCAAAUCAGGGAGCAAGGACAUCGUCAAAUACAUCAUUGAAAAUGCCCCUUCAGAAAUCCUUGAUGCCACCGAGGAGGAGAACGGCGAAACCAGCUUGCACCAGGCUGCAGCCUUACGCCAGCGCACUAUCUGCCACUACAUCGUGGAGGCCGGGGCUUCGCUUAUGAAGACAGACCUGCAGGGAGACACCCCCAAGCACCGUGCUGAGAAAGCCAAUGACCCCGACUUAGCUGCCUACCUCGAGAACCGACAGCACUACCAGAUGAUCCAGCGGGAGGACCAAGAGACAGCUGUGUAGUGCUCGGCGUGCCUUAGGCCAAGCCAGCUCAGGCAGGAGAAGAGAAUGAUGGCAACGGGCAGAGCUGUGAGUCUGGCCCAGCCCUCCCUUGAUGUCAGCCUGGUCCCCGGAGGAGAUGGAGACAGCAGAGCUCUGCCUCAGGCUGGUCUACAUCUCUGUUUAUGCGGACAGUGGAUAUUUAGGACUUAAAGCCUGUCUCUUUGUGUGUUCCCCCUUUUGCCCCUCAUCUACCAUGUUCCCUGCCCUGGAUGGGCUCCAUCCUUCAGCUCCAUUGGGGCAGACCAGGCUGAAGCCCCCGGUCACCUGUGUGCACUGGAGUGAUGCCAGUACCCCCUCUGCAGGCUCCUAACUAUGAUCCUUGUGGGAUAUUGUUGCUCGCCACCUCUCCCUGCUAGCAGUGACCCUCUUUUAGAUGCCUGGCUAGGUUUGUGUCCUGUUCCUCCUCUGCUGUCUGGCACAGCCACGGGAGGCACAGGUUGUGCAGGCAGACAGCAGAGGCCAUAAGACUCAGACUUUGUCCCAAGGGAAGCACUAGGACUUACUGCCCCUGCCUCCUCCUCCCUCCUGUUGGUUUACGGCUGCCCCAGGUCUCUCUCUUGCCCUGCCAGGGCUUUCUGCAGUGGGAACUCCAGUGCAGUCCCUGGCACACCCAGCCUUCUCUCAGAACAUGGGACUGGCGCAGCUGGAAGCGGGGCAGCUGCUGCCCUCCCAGUUGCUUUUAGCACUCAGCCAGUCAGGGAUGGCAUGAAGGAAGGCCACCGAGCCCUCCCACCACCCUUCCCUCUGCAGGGCCAGAACUGGGUAGGGGAGCCUGCACACCUGGGCAUGUCUUCGUCAGCCUGCUGCAGCACGUAGCCAUGGUGGAGAGCUGUGCUUGGCCUGGGCAGGCGCUGUACUGGAGCCUGUCGUAUGUUUUCCAAAUGCUGACUUGGAUCUGGCUUCCCUCCCUGCUUCAGCUCUGCCCCCCCGGUGCUAGAUGUUGCACUGGGCUGGAAGGGCAGUGCUGGGGUCAGUGCUGCUCUCAGGGAUUCCCCUCAUGCCCCCCAACCUGUCAACAUGCAUCCUCUGAGUCCAGCUCCUGCCAUCCCCCAGAUGGGAUGGAGGGCUUUGCAGAAAAAACCUGGGAGCUCACCCAUCGCAGACACAACUUCCCUGGGUAGGCCACCAGUUCACUCUCUCCAAUUUUAGCAGAAAGAGGGAUUUGGAUCCAUAGGAAGCAUCAGGGCUCCCAGCCCCAAGUCACGCCUGCAAUGACAUGGCAUUUCACCUACCACCUGCCAGGGGGCACGAGACCAUGACUCAUCUCCCAUGGAUUCUGUGGGUGCUGAGCAUCCACAGACACGUCAAGCCAGCCCUUCAGCAACUGUUUUGCAGCACUGACAGUCUCUGGGACCAGGAGGUGCCAGCAGAGGAGGAGGCUCUGGGCCUUGCAGACCUGCUCAGCACCUUUGAGUAGGCAGCGGUUGCGAAGCAGGUUGCUGCUCACAGCUUGGGCCCCAGGAGAGGAUGCUGCUGCCGUGUGGGAUCUGUACGGUCCAACCUGGCAUCACACCCAGCUGUGCCCGUUGGGUAGUGCUGGGUGGCACUGUUUGGAUCUCUCUUAAUACCAAUACCAAAAAAUGGAUAUGAGGAUGACUCAGGGAACCAGAAUACUCUUCAGGCUUUUUGACCAGGGGGUAGAGUUUCCUGGGAUGAAGGAUGCUGUGGUGGGGAGCAGAGGCACAGGGCAAUGCAGAAUGCCAGGACCCAGUGGCAGUAUUAGUCAUCAAUAACAAUAGCAUCCUGGCACAUUCAGAGCUGGGGUGCUCCAGCAGUGCCUGGAGUUCCCAUUGGCACUGCUCACUGGCCACCAACAAAAAAGGCACUGUCAUCUUCUCAAAGGUGCAAACCACUGCCCCCCAGCUAGGACGUCUAGCCUGGCCUGGAGGCAUUUACAGCCCCAGCUUCCCCCUUUCUUCCCCAUUUUUAUCUUCCCAUGUAGUUUUUGUACAGGUAGUUGAGAGACACACUGUCCCUCUCCCCGCCUGGUCCCUCUGUGCACGCGUGAGCUGAGUUGCUGUGCAACUCCAAGCCCGGCUUGUAUUUCGGCGGAGGGGAAGUUGGUCGCCCUGCCCAUGGAGGGCAGGGGUUCUGUGCAAUACCUGAGUCUGUGUUUCCUAGACGCUGUCGUAGGACUGUAUUUUUGUAACUCUGUGAGGGUGUUGGCUCCAGCAGGCCGAGGGCCUGGCAUGAGCCUGUGUUCCCAUUGCUUUUUGACUUGGACCGUUUGGAUGUUGUUGUUUCUUGCCAUUGAAAUAAAGAGAUGGAUGUUUUA